GUCGUCCGCUUUCAGACUCCAUGAUCUGCUGCCGAGCGGCGCGCCGCGAUCAUCCCCGCGUGCGUACAUGACGCCCCUCCGCGCGUCGAGCGGCGCUCAUAUCUCCGCUCAAAUGGACUAAGAGUGAUCUCGUGAGGAUGGAGAGCGUUAAACUGAAGAAGAGCAGCGCUCUGAGUGUGGCCUUGAGAUCCACAGCAGACCACAACGAUGAAGAAGAAGACGAUGAAGGCCAGAGAGCGUCAAACCCCCGUCAGACGAGCUCAGACGAGCCGCGGACCCGAACCCAGAGCCCAGCCGAGCUCAGUAAAGCCUGCAAGAGCAGCUCCAGUCUGCUGCUGAGGAAGAGGAGGGUAAAGAGGCAUGUGUCCAGCAUCAGCUCGUCUCAUAGCCGGAGUCAGAUGCUGCUGAGACACAGAGCCAGUCCUCAGCUGCAGCUGUCCGACCGCCAGUGGGUCCGCCAGGACCUGCGCCGUGGCUCCGUACACGUGCACGACCGGCUGCUAGUGCGGUCUCAGCCGGCCCAGCCCGUUCUGUGCACCGUGGAGAGCUCAGCGGCCGAGAUAGCCCAGCGCCUGCAGCAGGCCAGCGGCAAAUCAGGCUCGGUCCUGAGGCUGAACACCAAGAGCAACCUGUCUAACGGGAACUGCGACGGCGAGUACCCACUUAGACACCUUCACACAGGGGCCGAGAGCCUCCCGGACCAGCCCAACGACCGGCUGCGGCUCCUGCUGCUGGGGAAGGACCAUCAGUACCAGCAGCAGGAGUACGACAUCUACACACCCUCCAAAGUGGACCGCGGGUCCCCACAGGACGAGGACUCCGUCAAGAGGUCCGCGGGCUCCGAUGUGGAGAGCAGCAGCGCUUGCGACGACCUGAGCUCCGGGGCCCGGUUCAGCCAGCACCGGGACUCGCUCAGCGACGACAUGAUCCUGGGCACGGAGGCCUCGGCGUUCGACAGCAGCGCCGCCGAGGGCCUGGACACAUACGGCAGCUCCUCGGACGAGCUGGAGCUGGACUGUGCAACAGGGCCCAUCCUGCCGGACCCCGAGACGGAUGAAGCCGAAACACCUGCCGCCGGGAGCAGUCCGGACGAAGCGGUCACAGAUUCGGACUCCAGCCCGGUGCUGUACGUUCAGCUGCACGGCGAGGCCGCCCGGCGUCUGGGGCCCAAUGAGAGGCCCCUACAGAUUCAGAACGACUUUCUCUUUAAACUGGGAUUUAAAGACCCGUGGCGGGUCCAGGAGGAGGGGAUGAACACUGAGCUGGGAUCACUCCUGCGCUUCUACGCAGGUAAACAACAGCGCUUAUGUGUGAGAGUCGUGAGGCAGGUGUUUACAUCGGCCCCCGUACACGAGGAGUUUGCUGUCAGCUGAUGUUAUGUGUUCACAGCAAACGCACCUCUGAAUUUAGAGUAAAAACACUGAUCGUGGCUCACUGUCUCGGUCUGCUGUUGGCUGUGUGCUCAAUCCCUUUUAAACCUCCCAGAGGAGAAUGUUUUGCUCUCUGUUAGGUUUAUUUAGUGUCAACAUUUGUCUCGCGUGCUUCUCCAGAAAUUCCUGUGAAGAACAUAAAUGAGGUGCUAUCUGAAUCUGAGAAAUAUUUGAGUUCAUAGUGAGAUCCCUGAGGCUUAUUCGCAGACUUUGGCACAAAACAAACAGAGAAUACAUGUGCAUGCAGAAGAUUUGACACGAGUGCAGGUGAUGUCAGGAUCAAGCGGAUGUUAUACUGCAUGUGCAUGUGUUUAUUUACUUACUUUACAAAUGAAUAACCUUGCAAAUUUGACUUUACAGAAGUGUUUACAAACCUCACGAACACAGAAUACAUGUGCAUGCAGAAGAUUUGACACGAGAUAUCAGCUCUCUGUCUGAGUGAUGUCAGGGUCAAGCGGAUGUUAUACUGCAUGUUCAUGACAAAAAUAGUGCAACAAUCCUCGAUUUAUAUACUUAUUGUAAACAGAACUUGCUAAAUGAAUAACCUUGCAAAUUUUGCUUUACAGUAAUGUUUAGAAACACACAGAACGCGUGUGCAUUCAGUAGAGUUUGCGUGAGAGAUCAGCUCAUGUAGCGUCGCUGUGGCGGUGUGGUGAAUGCAUGUCAAACCUGAGCCUCCAGUCGCUGUCUUUACAACUUUGUAAGAGCAAGCAUGCAUUCACAACGAUCCUGCAUGUUUAUGUUCCCAUGGAUCUCUCUCUCUC